GUGGGUACUCGGUGUGUCUGCGUGUGUCUCGGGGCCUCGGCGAACUCGCAAAAUAACUCGGUGAACUCCCGAGGGGCUCGAAUCGACGGCUUCGCGCACCGAACAGUGCGAAACAAAAAUUGUCUGAAUUGUGAUAUUGUGCGAAACAUACGUGGCGACGUGCACAGCGCGGGUCGAGCUCCAACACUCGCCUCGGGAGACGCUGCGCCGCGGAAUCCCUCUGCCUUCUGGGUCCGAUGGAGAUUCCCGUCUCCGAUCGCGGCCGAAAGCAGCUCCGGUACGUCCUCGGCUACUUGGCGAUUCGCAGCAGUCCGUAAGAUGCCGACGCGCGAGUAUCGGCGAAUGUCGUGGAAAGUGUCGAGCGACGACGCGUAAGAGCGUUCGUUCCCAAGAGGACCCGGUGAGGUUGUGACAGGGACUGCUCCUUCGGUUCAUCGAUUGAUCGCGCCACCCGUCGAUGAUGCCGCGACCCUCGCGCGAUACCUAUGGUGACCAGAAGCCGCCGUAUUCCUAUAUAUCGCUGACGGCGAUGGCGAUAUGGUCAUCGAGAGACAAGAUGCUACCACUCGCCGAGAUUUACAAGUUCAUCGCCGACCGCUUUCCAUACUACAGAAAGGACACGCGACGGUGGCAGAACUCCUUGAGGCACAACUUGUCAUUCAACGAUUGCUUCAUCAAGGUGCCGCGCGGUCCGCACCGGCCGGGAAAGGGAGCCUACUGGGCGCUGCAUCCUGCCGCGUUGUCCAUGUUCGAGAACGGCUCGUUGCUGCGCCGACGGAAGCGCUUUAAGCUGCACAAGCCGGACAAGGAGCUGCUCAAGUCCGAGCUGCAGGCACUCGCCUCGGCGAUGCCGCCGCCGUUGCCGCCCCCGCCGCCGCCGCCACCGCCGCCGCAGCCGCAGCCGCAUUCGGAGCAACCGAUCGCGUCGACCGGCGGGAUCGUCGAUGCGAGCGCGACGUGCCCCGGCAACGGUCUCAGCCUGGCGAAUCUCCAUCGUCUGCGGGACGAUCUUCUCCGAUGGGAGAUACAGGAGAGGCGGAUGAUGGUCGCCAGCGCUUCGAAUUCCGGCGAGCAUUUCGCCGGCGCGGUCGGUUUCAGCCGGUUCGAUGGCGCUUCCGGUCUGCCGACCGGACCGGCCGCGCCGGAAGCCGUCACUGCCGGAUACUACCUACUGUCGCCCGAAGUCAGGCAGAGACUGGCGGGCGGCGCCUCCGCCGACGGCGGCAGCGAGAUCCUGAGGACGUACGAGGCGGCCGCGCUGCUGCACUCCGCCGCCUCCUGGAGCUUCCCCGGCUUCCCGGCGGUCUCGCACACGUCGUACGCGGUGUCGCAGCUACCGUAUCUCCAGCAGACCACCGCCCCCACCAGGCAAACGACCAUCCAUCCGGGGACGCGGGACAUUCGGGACGCGGAACGCCGGCUGUCGAGCGACCGCGCGCUGGAGAACGGAUCGGCGAUCGUCGUGGCCGCCGGCCGGGAAAGCGAGACGGUUUUCACGGGUGAGAACACUUACGAGAUAACGGGCUACAAUCGCGACAAGCUCGCCGAGGAGGAGCCGCUCUCGUCGUCCUCGUCCACCUCCUCGUCGUCCAGAAUAAAUCUCUAUCGAGGCGCCGCCGUGACCUCCGCCGCUUCGUCGCCGCCGACGUCGCCGACCUCGCCGAAUUCGCUUGCGGUCACCAAGUCGCCCUAUCGCCACCUCUCGCCGAUCUCCAACCUGGUGGCGGAGGUCGAGCGCACCCAGUUGCCCUCAGCUCGCGAGGACCCGUCCGCGACGGUCGUUCUUACGGCUAAUACGGAGAAGAGGGUGAAAAAACCGUUCACUAUUGAGAAUAUUAUCGCGCCGGACGAUAACGAGGGUGGCGGCGACGGCGGCGGCGGUGGCGGUGGUAUUUGCACCAGUGCCGGCGACGAGGAGGCCUCGAGACUGUCCGACGAGACGAUCGCGAAAAAGUCCCCGCUCCUCGUGCCGAGGCCGCUGUACGCUGGAUACUCGAUGUCGAUCGCGACCACGGGUGUUCAGAGGCCGUCCUAUGGCACUGCCACUUGAACUCUGCCCAUCUCUUCGAUCGGCUCGAACAACGUAAAAGUUCAAGAAACGUCUUAAAGACGCGCGGGAGAUGUUUCAAAGAGUCAGAGCGUUCCUUCGGCACGUCUCCGUCGCGUAUCCUCGGACGUAAUUAUACCGUCGGCGAGAUUAUGUGCUCCACCGCAUCUAUCCUUCACAGAAUGAGGAAAGUCGCCGUCGCUAUUCUAACGAAAUGAGAGACGGAGGGAGAAAAAGGAUGUAUCAACGAUAGAGUGAAUUUUUUAAAUCCGAUAACAGUGUUAAUCAAAUAAAAAAACAACGCGACAUGUGCUUGGCUUAACUAUUGUUGAAUUGAUAAGAUUCAUUCCGAUUGGUGCUACAUUUUUUUCGCUGUGCACACAAAAUCAAUAAUCUCUUAUCACAUAAAGUUAUCAAAUUUUGCCAAUCGAGACGCGCGCAUCACGAUUUAGACACAUUUGUGUGUAAUUAUUGAUGAAAAAUAUAAAACUACAUUUUAUUGAUUAAUUUACUUAUUAUCUGAACUAUUGUUAACAUGUUAGCUCUAAUUUGUUACACAUGCCAAAUUGUGAAACACAGUCGUUUAUAAUGCACGAAUAUCUAGAUACAAUGCAAAUGUCUGGAAUCAAAGUUUGCAACUUUAUGUGAUAUUAUUGAUUUCGUGUAUACACGUGUACGAAGCAGGAAGUCUCGGUUUUGUUAGAAGUGCGCGAGGCAGUCUGUUCCGAUUCUGUUAGAUAAGCGAGGGUGUAAUGCACUCGUAGGAAUGUGCCAAAAAGGAUCCGCGAAAAUUUCUUCGGCGCUGCAAAACGAUAGUGUCUUAUUUAAUGACAACGCGACGAAAAAUUCAAAUGAGAUGAUCGCGGGUGCUUUUUGACGCGAUCGCGACGCAAUCGAUCGGAUGUUAAUCGUGUUGCGACUCUCUGUCCAAUUCGCCGCGAAUCGACGCGACGCAGAGAUAAGGAGACAUUGUAGAUAACGUUAGUUCCUCGUUUGGUAAAACGCCGUCUUCUCAUUCGAGAGUUCUUUGCUUGCUGAUAUCGGUUUACGUCGCGAAAGUGGCUUAGUCUCGAGAAACUUGCAAGCUGUCCGAACAGUUAACUAGAGUCACUCGUAAUCUACGGCUAUCUUAUGACGCGCGCGAUGGCGACCAGUCGAUUAUUGUCAAUCGCGACACUCCAAAUCGGCGACGGCGCGCGACGCCGUGCACUUUUACCGUUCAAACGAAGUCGUGUCGCGGCUUCCGCCUAUGUAAUUAUCUAAUUAGACGAUCCCUAAACGAUUAGGAGCAGGCGCGGGCGCGAGCACGGUAACAGCGAUGUUAAAUUUUUCUGAAUAUCUGAAGAGAAAUGUUUUUCCUUCCUUUUUUAUCCCUUUUUCUAAAUUUUGAAUUGAUAAGUUCAAUAAAAAGAAGCAAUCUAAUAAUUUUUAAAAUCUGAUUGAAUAAAUUUACUCAAUACGCGCAUUCUAAAGCCCAAUUGAGAAUUGUUUUUACAAAACUCAACAAUUAUAAUGUAUAUAUAAUUUAAAGUUUUUCUCUCGUAAUAUUAAUUAGCAUCAUUAUCGGCAUAGUAAUUUAGUUAUUUCUAAUAUCGUACAACUUUUUACUUCUUGUAGAUAUAAAAGCUAUCGAUAAAAUUUGUUUUCUGAAAAUAUGUAGAUCAGUAGAUGUUGAGUUUUGCAGCAACAAUACUCAAUUGGACGUAGUUAUGCAAUAUAGAAUCAACUGCCAGCUAAGAUUUUGGUUUUGUGUUGCGAGAUUUUUCCUAGUUUGAUCAAACUUAAAGAUAUUGGAAUAUUAUUCUGGGAAAAAGUACGUCAGAACUCAGGAAUUAAAUUAAAUUCUGAUUUAACGAAUAAUUCUCUCUAGUGUAUAAUGCCAGAGUAAAAUUUUAUAACGUUUUACUGAAAGGGCUGUAAUAUAUGUAUAAAAAUAUGAAUUGUCCGAAGUUAAGUUUUAUAUUGUGUAACUACGUCUAGUUGGAAUAUUUUAUACAAGAGGAACAAAGUGCCAGACUUUUAUCACCAAUUGGUCUACAGAUUCUUUUUUGGAAUAUUUAAUAGAGACACACUAUUUGCUUGUUAUCUUUUGUGAUAAA